CGGGCUAGCCCCGCUAGUGUCGAGCGCGCUACGAAGCCUCUACGUCGCGUCUACGCCGUAGCGCGUAGCAAAGCCGCUGCUACGCUAAUGGACAAUAGAACUCACGACCUUUUGUUAGUUUUUGUGAAUAAAAAAACACUCCUUUGUGACGUGUAGUCCUAAAAAGAAGACACUAAGUGUUAAGAGACACGGCCUUUGUGUGGAAAAUUGUUACGCAAGGAUUAUUGGUAUUUAUAGCGGUUUUUAAUUUACUUAAUUGGUGGCAUCAGAACUUAAGCCUGUACUGUAAUUAAGGCGCCAAAUGUAGUCUGGUCUGCAAUUACUUAUAAUGACCAGGCGCGAGUUUGGGGCCGGCCUAAUGCUACAGUCGUACGUGUGACAUUUUCAGUGUUGAGUGAAUUUAAUUACAUUUUGACGGUUGUGUGUUUAUAAUUAUACGUACAACAUGGAAUUGCUCGGAGCAGCGCACUAAGGUUCGCCUGUGAGAAAUGAAAACGGCAGCGUUAACCUAAGAUGUGACGGAGCGGCGCCGAACAGAGAGGUCGCACAAACAUGCGUAUUCUAAAGAACCUUCAUAACAUUGUGCACAACCGGACUAUCCUCUUCAUCCUUGUGCUACUGUCACUCAAACUGUGCAGUCCUCAAGACUUCACCGAGGAGUUUCAGAACGACGCCAGCUCAGAAGUAAUGGUGCAAAAGAGGGGCAAAGUGCAGAGGAGCAGUGUACAAACAGAGUGUAGACUAAGCGAGCUGCUGUGUGAUACGGGACAGUGCAUUUCGUUGGACAAGUAUUGUAAUGGGGAGGACGAUUGCGGGGACAAAAGUGAUGAACCUAAAGGAUGCUCACCCUGCAACAGAACCUACAUGGGUGACGUCGGCAGAACGUACGAGCUUGAAGUCAGGAGACCUCGGGAAGAACAUUUGCCAUUCAUCUGCCAUCUCAACUUCACAGCCCUGGGGGGCAAUUAUGGAGAUAUUAUUCAGCUGACAUUCGACACGUUCACGGUGGGCAAGUUCGUGUCGUUCACGGCGGACGGCUGCCCCGACGGGCACAUGACGAUCCUGGAGCGAAGCCCGGCGCCGCCCACCGGCCAGUGGUGCGGCUCCGCCUGGGGCUACACGGUCUACUUCAGCGAGUCGGACUCCAUUAAUAUGACGCUGCGGUUAGACCGGCUUAGUCAGCAGGGCAUCGGGUACAACUUUGACUUCAAACUCGCGUACAAGUUCCUUCGUCGCAGCGAGGCGCGGCUGCGGUAUGGCAACGCGACGCUGGGCGCGUGGCGCGGGGACCGGGUCCCGGGCACGUAUUGCGACAGAGUACUCACCGACUGCGAUCUAAAAGCCUGCAGGAUACAGUCACCCAACUUUCCCGGAGUGUAUCCUAGAAACGCGACGUGUACUUAUCGGAUUGAGCAUACGAAGAUACCAGCGGAUAAACACGUGUUAUUAGCAGUAAGACAAACGAACAGUCACAAAAUACAUAUCAAAGACCAAAUCGUUAAAUACGACCGCAGUCAGAGAGUCUUGAAAAUUUGGGACCAAUGCAACGUGGUGCAAGAUUACCUCACAGUAUGGGACGGAGUGAACCGGGACUCCCCCGUUUUAGUGAGACUGUGUGGGGGGGAUGCGGUGCCGGACAUAGUGAGCCGAGGACCCAACAUGCUGCUCGAGUUCCAUACGUCACCGUAUGACAAUCCGUUCCACCCGGUCCCUUUGAGCUAUCUGCCUGGGUUCGAGCUGGAAGUUCAGGUGCUGUACGUGGACAAAGAUUCGCAUUCCUACGUGGGGUCCGACGGGCAAUGCCGAUUUGUGCUGCGCUCUUCCGACAAGACCAGUGGAGUGCUCAGGAAUCCGAGGCAUUCCCUUCCACCGAACACUUCCUGUAUAUACUACUUUCAAGGUCGACCCAACGAAAUAGUGUGGGUUUCCUUUGUGAAAUACCACUCGGCGGGUACGGAACCCGCGGGCUUUGAUCAGCAGAAGGACUGUUCUUCGCAACUCUCCGUAUGGGAUGGGGCCGCUCCUGAUACGGAUGUCGAUGGAAAGUUGGAGCUGAAGCCGAACAGCAGUAGCUCCCUUUUAGGGUCAUUUUGCCGUGAAGAGUCACCGAGACUUUGCGAUCACGCCCUUCUGUCCAACGCCACAAGGGCCACUCGACCCUGCGCGCCCUCGGAGAGCUACAUAACUACCGGCCCAGCCCUCACCAUCUUACAGGAGCUGCGGCAAGGGUCCGCGUUGUACCCCGUCUCUUUCCUGCUCCGGUACGAGUUUGUGGACGUCAGUGAGCAGGGCCAGCCAAUGACCGGCUCCCAUUCAGCUUACGAUCGAGUUUUCAAGUCCGCGCAGACCUAUUCUGGAAGAUUCCAAGCCCCCAAAGCUAUCUUCUAUUACGGACGAGGUGGCGCCGAAAACUUAACCUGCACUUUAAGGUUCGAAGCGAAACCAGGCGAAAGGAUUCAAUUGACGUUCACCAGUACAUACUUCGGUAACAAACACUGCAGCACACACAAAGACUCUCGAACCGGGCGCUGGAAAUGCGAUAGGCCUGUGAGACGAACUGUCGGCGGUGAGGGACUGGCGCAGAUCAUUAUCACAGAGUAUCCAUGGGACGGGGUACCCAUACAAAGAGACUGCCUUUGUACCAAUCGAUCUGAGCCACUAACGAUACACACGCUCACUGCACCAGUCGUGGAAAUCAAUUUCACCGUAACAAUGAUGAAUAUUACCGAAGACUACGAUGACUUUGCUUUUGAGGGGGAAUACAAGUUCAUCCCGAGCGGGCCGGGGGACGAGACGGUGUGCUCCACGGGCUGGGGGGAGAGGAAGCUCAGGGGCAGCAGCGGGGAGAUCAGGCUGUUCGACAAAAGACAAACAACCUCUGUACCCGAAAUAGUUGGGGACAGAAACGUUAUAUCAGAGAGUGUCCGAGCUGAAGUGGCGUGUGUGCACAGACCCUGGCUGAUCGAGCCUGGAGGAGACGAGGUCACCCCGGUCCAGGGCCGGUACUUGUACAUGAGGGUGCCUGGCUAUGAACUCAUACAAAGCUCACCGUUCUGCCCAACUCCCAACCGAUUAUUCAUCUAUGAGGCACGGGAUACGUCACAGCCAAAAGAAAUCUGCCCGGACGGAACCAAAAUCGUAGAGUUAUACUCGCCCGGGUGGAAGUCCACUGAAACUCAUCUAGAAUCGUCUCUGAAGCCUCACGCGAGAAGUUACGUUAUCGAUUUCCUGCAACACGAACAGGCUGACUAUUCAAUAAAGUGGAUAGAAGUUAUUAAAAAGCCUGUAUUUGAACACGAUCCUGAAUCGACGCCUUUGCCGGCUUCCUUAGCUGUAGACUGCCCUUACAGCUGUCCGGAGCUGAAUGCCUGCAUUCCUCUCAGUCUGUGGUGCGACGGCAGUCCUCAUUGUCCUUCAGGUUAUGACGAAGAUGACUCCAACUGUUCCUUUACGAUAUCACUACCACCUCCGUUCUUAGCCGCUGCUGCUGGGGCGGCCCUAUUACUUUGCUCUAUCGCAGUCAUACUGUGCGCUUGUAAAAGAAGCAAACGGAAAGAUAAAGAAUUCAAAGCGAGACUAGACGGCGCGUUACCUCCCGAAGAGCGACCGUUCGAUCGCGCCAAAACGAACGGCGUCCAAGAAUCGGCACGUCAGACGUAUGCGACUGUACAGAAGUACGCAACCAUAGACAAGUACAGUUUAAGCCAGAAGUACUGUGCCGGGCUGAAUGACGCGAGGUACUAUGACGAAGUGACUCAGGGGAGGGAGAAGAUAGCGGACGCGCGGUACGCCAGCCUCGGGCGCGCGGGGCGCUCGGCGCGCGACACCCAGCGAGGCGCCGGCUCGCGCAGGCCGAUGCCAGACAUCGGCUACCCGGAACACAAGGACGGCUUUUGUUGACAACCUCUGGACCUUCUAGAAACGACCGUUUAACAGUGAAUUCCCUAUGGACUGCAGUAGAUCUCAAUCGCGUGUUUACCGUGAAAAUUAGAACAAAGACUGAUUAAUUUGGCAAUGUGCUUGCAGUGUUCAUGUUCCGAUUCACUUGUACAGGUAGAUAACGAAAUGGUCUCUUGAAAGAAAUUUUAUAUGUUUUUCUUUCAAUAAUGUUUAAGUUAAUUUUGUGUAGAUACUGUAAAUAUACUUGAAACGGAAUAGAAAGUACCUACCUAAUAGAAGAAAUAAGACGCGUAUAAAAAUCUUUUGUUUGUAUAACAUACGGGUAACAGUAGACUUUAUUUGCUGAAUACAUAUCUACCGUUUACCUUUAAUGCUUGACAAUACGGAGAAUAUAAGGCAUCGUAAUAAAAUUGGAAUGUAGAUAAUACCAAUUACCUACAUAUUAUAAGUUUUAAACAGAUUUCCUCUGUUGGAAGAAGUUAUUUCGAAAGUAUUUUCAGUUCAAAUACUGUUAUCUAAGCUGUAGGUAUUAUUAAAAUGACAGUAUUCAAUAUGCAAUGAAAUUUAGAUAUGAAAUCAAAAUGUGAUAUAGGUUGUAAAAAUAUAAAAAUAGAUAAGCGUUCAUGAACUGUGUAAUAACAUAACAACUUAGUUAAUUUGACUUGUAUGAUAAAAACUAAUUUAACUGUAACAUCUAUACCAUCACUUGUAAAUAAAUUAUAGCGUAAGAUUUUUAAAAGUCUAAUUAUUUCCAGAUAACGGGAAAAUAAAGUCAUUUUUAAAAAGAAACAGGGAUGUAUUUUUUUCA